AUGGCGCAAGGUGUCGCGUCUGUGUCAAGCCAAUCAUGUGAAAACAUUUUAAAGAAAGGACCAGGUCACUCAGUGAUGAUUGUGAUUGGAGGAGCAGGUGAAAGUUUGAGUGCAAGACCAGGUGUUUAUGAGUUGAUAUUAAAAAAAAGGUUAGGGUUUGUUAGGUUGGCCAUACGAUGUGGUGCUUGUCUGGUACCUGUUUUUUCAUUUGGUGAAAAUGAUAUUUGGGAACAGGCCGAUAAUCCUAGGGAAAGUAAGGUUUGGAAAUUCCAGAAGCUGAUACAAAAGUAUAUCGGAUGGACAAUGCCGUUAGCCUACGGAAGAGGACUUUUCAACUAUGAUAUCGGAGUUCUUCCACAUAGAAGACAAAUUACAACUGUUGCCUCAACAAUUACAAUAUCUAAACCAGGGGCACGAAAUGCACGACCUGGAUCACGACAACAAGUAUUUACAGAUGUAAGGGGCGAAUUUAAAAUAAUUGAUUUAAGGCUUAGGGGAUUUGAUACAAAAUGUAUAAUACUAGAAUGUGCCUCAACAGUUGCAAAAUCUAAACCAGGGACACGAAAAGCACGACCAGGACCACGACAACAAGUAUUUACAGAUGUAAGAGGUGAAUUUAAAAUAAUUGAUUUAAGGCCUUGGCUUAGGGGAUUUGAUACAAAAUGCAUAAUACUAGAACGUGCAUCAAGAAUUAAUGCACCAGUCAAUAUCUUCCUGGUAGCCGAUGAAACUGCUAUGUGCAGAAUGGCAAUCUGGGGAGAUGUUGGGAAUGAACUUAGGGUGCAAGAUGUUGUGGAUAUUAAAAAUGGUGAAACAAGAUUAUUCGAUAGAAGAUUACGAUUAAUAUUAAAUAGAAAUGGUGGAGAAAUUAGGAUUAUUGAACGGGAUGCUACGUAUUACGUUGAAUUGGGCCAGCCAAAUAUAAGCGAAAGAGUUUGGCCAGAAUAA